AAAGAAAAGCAAAGCCCCACAAUUCCGGCCUUUCCUUCCCUCAAAAGUCUCAAAACCCUAUCCGUUACGCCCAAAAUUAUAGAUAUUUCUCUUUCUCUCUCCACUCAACUUAUCUUCUCUCAACCAAACCAAACUAAGCAAAAUAAAUAAAUAUAAACAAAAAGAAUCUCUCGAAAUUGAAGAACCUUUUACUACUAUACUCUCACACACACAACAACCACUCCUUUUCUGUUUUUCAAUCUUCACGUUUUUGCUGUUACACACUUUCUAUGGAAAAUUGCGUCUAUAACCACCUUCACCGUACAAUUCUCACUCUUCCAACACCACUCUCGUCGUCGUCAUCAUCGGUGAGAUUCUUCGCGAACACAGCAGCAACAAGGCCUCUUGUUGGAGUUUCUCUCGGCGGUGGCGGUUGCGGUGGUCCUUUGUCGUUGAGGCGGCGGAGAUUGGUGGUGAAGGCGAGUGCCGGGGCCACUCCUUGCGAGUUCAGCAGCUUGAACUCGCCGCUGGAGCCGCGGUCCACGGUUGGGAAGUUCUUGAGUGGCGUCCUGCAGAACCACCGGCAGCUGUUCCAUGUGGCAGUUGGAGAAGAGCUCAAGCUCUUGGCCGAUGACCGUGAUGCUGCGCUGGCUCGCAUGGUCAUCGGUUCCGGUUCCGAUGAGGCCUUGCUUCACAGGAGGAUUGCACAGCUAAAAGAAAAUCAAUGUGAAAUUGCGGUAGAAGAUAUUAUGUACUUAUUGAUCUUUUACAAGUUUUCCGAGAUCAGGGUCCCUUUGGUUCCAAAGCUUUCUAGUUGCCUUUACAAUGGCAGGCUAGAGAUAUUGCCUUCUAAGGACUGGGAACUAGAGUCUAUUCACAGCUUGGAAGUUUUGGAUAUGAUAAAGGAACACAUAACUUCCGUAACUGGCUUGAGGGCAAAUUCUAGUGUUACCGAGUGUUGGGCCACUACCAAAGUUAGAAAAUUCUUACUUGCCAGAGUUUAUGUCGCUUCUAUAUUAUAUGGUUACUUUUUGAAGUCGGUUUCAUUGAGGUACCAUCUAGAACGAAAUCUAUCGUUGGCUAACCCUGAUCUUCAUCUUGGUCUUAGGAAUACCCUCCCGUUUAUUGACAUGUUCCCUAGUGGUUUUAAAGACACCAUCUUUGGUAGCUUGAGUAGCCUGCAAUCCAUAGGACAAGGGAUAACUAAGGAGGAAGAGGAUAUUGAAGACUUGAAAUGCUACGUAACUGGAUUUCACCCUGGUUCAUUGCAGCGAUGUGCGAAACUUAGAUCCAAAGAGGCUGUGAAUUUGAUAGGAAGCUAUAGUUGUGCACUUUUUAACAAUGAGGAAUCUGGUUUGGUUGAGAGUGAUGAUGUUAUUUUGACCUCAUUCUCAAGCCUCAAGAGGCUGGUAUUGGAAGCUGUUGCCUUUGGAUCUUUCCUUUGGGAGACGGAAGAUUAUAUCGAUAAUGUAUAUAAGCUUAUGGAUGAUUAAGUAGGGCAAUGCAAAGGUUGCUAAUAAAUUCCUCAUUUGUUGGGCAAAUCCUACUUGUGUAUACAGUGAGAUUUUUGUUGUUAGCUUUUGAGUGUUUUGGUUUUUUAUGCUUAUGUUUAUAUAUUGUAUAUAGAGAUAGUACACUUUUACUCUACAUGUUGUAUAGUUUUGAUGCUUUAGCUUUUGAAGUUUAUGUAAGUUGAUAGAGAUUUUGAAUAGAGAUAAAGUUGUUCACUGUGACACCAUAUGUGCAUC